AUGUCUGGGUGGGAAUCGACGAGCUUUGAGCCGAGUUUGUUGGAAGAAGUUCUGACGUGCCUCCCCUUCGACAGGUACCGCAAUCCGGAGCUGGAAUCGGGCAACAAGGUGGUGCUGCCACCGUCGUGUCUGUCGCGGCUGAAAGACAUGGGCGUCCGGUUCCCUUGGCUGUUCAAGAUUGAGUCGUUCAAGUCGGAGAAAAUCUCCCACUGCGGCAUGCUGGAGUUCUGCGCGGACGAGGGGUCUGUGUACGUGCCGCGGUGGAUGAUGGAGAACUUGGGGAUCAGAGAGGGGGAGGACGUGAUCCUGCGGGAUGCAUGGGCGAUGACGGGGACGCGGAUGAAGCUGCAGCCGCACGAGGGGGCGUUGCUGGAGGGGGAUACGAUCGGGGUGAGGUGUGGGGAGAGGGAGAGGGAGUUUUUGGUGGAUGUGCUCGAUGUGGGCCCCGGGGGAGAUGUUAUCUCUCUUUGUGACACAGAUUGCGCGGUUGAGUUUGCUACGCCCUUGGACUAUCUCAACAAGGAGAGGGAGAAGGAGAAGAAGGAGAAGGAGAAGGAAGGAGGGGUGUUUAGGGCGUUCUCGGGGGUGGCGAGGCGACUGGAUGGGGGAAGAUAUCCCCAUCAUGCAUGGGAACACUACGCGUAG